AUCUGAUCCGCCAUUGCGUUCCGCCAUUUUGCUUGGUCGGGAGUGAACGUAAAAUUAUUUCUAUGUAUUCUAAUGUGGCAAAUAGUUUUUAGUUUAAAAAUUAGUGUUGAAUACACUAAUGGCUUGCUUAAAUACCCUUAAGUUAGAAAUAAAGACUUUAGAACAAGUGUUUCCAAAAAACCAUGAGCGGUUUCAGAUAAUGUCAGCUAGUGUCGACGAACUGACCUGCAGAUUCGUUGGCAAAAAUGGAAAGAAAUACGAAAUACACGCAAAUAUUACGGAGACGUAUCCUAACACGCCGCCGGUGUGGUUUGCUGACAGCGAGGAUCCCAUUGUCACUAAUGCUGUCCAGAUCCUCAGUAACACACAGGGGAGAGAUAAUCACGUUAUAAAUCAGGUGGGUAUACUACUGAGAGAGCUCUGCAAACUACACGGUGUCCCGGAACCACCUGAUUUGGACUCAUUGUCACUGCCAGUACAUCCGGCGCCUCAUCAGAGAGUGCCAAGUGUGACAUCAAACGGUGCUGAGUCCGGUACUGAGGAGGAUGAGGAGAUGGCUGCCGAGGAAGACGAGUCAGAGGGUGAGGAUGACUUGCCGCUAGAAAUGGUUGAUGAUGCUGGCAGGAGCAACAAGGACGACAUGGAAACAGAGCACCUAGCGACACUAGAGCGGUUGAGACAGAACCAGCGACAGGAUUACCUGUCGGGCAGCGUCUCGGGCAGUCUACAGGCCACGGACAGACUGAUGAAGGAGCUCAGAGACAUAUACCGCUCACAUUCCUUCAAGAACAACAUGUACUCUAUAGAAUUAGUGAAUGAUUCGCUGUAUGAAUGGAACAUAACGCUGCGUUCCGUGGACCCUGACAGUCCGCUGCACAAUGACCUGUUACUCCUCAAGGAGAAGGAGGGAAAAGACUCUAUACUCCUUAAUAUAAUGUUCAAAGAAACCUACCCCUUCGAACCGCCAUUCGUGAGGGUCGUAUACCCUGUUAUAUCAGGUGGGUAUGUAUUAGUGGGGGGUGCUAUAUGUAUGGAACUGCUGACAAAACAAGGCUGGUCGUCAGCGUACACAGUAGAAGCUGUCAUCAUGCAGAUAGCCGCUACCCUGGUGAAGGGGAAGGCCCGUAUACAGUUUGGGGCGUCGAAGGUCGUGUCGCAGACUCAGUAUAGUCUAGCUCGAGCUCAGCAGAGCUUCAAGUGCCUAGUGCAGAUACAUGAGAAAAAUGGCUGGUUCACUCCGCCGAAGGAGGAUGGCUAAUGCAGUCGUCUGAGGACAAGCGUGCGACAUUUCAAUCAAAGUGACUGGACUUGGACGUUUGUUCCAAAGUCUAUGCGUGAUGAACUAUCUCGUUUAGUUGUGUACUUCGAUAUAUAAGUGCUAUUAUGUUCCGACCGGCAAUCGCGAGAGACCUUUAUAAGACUUAUAGGAAAUGUGUAACGUUUUUUGUAAUCAUUAAUUUCACAAGUUAUCCAUUGGUAGCCUAGACGUUACUGGAGUGUAAAGUUAAAUAAUAAUAUCUUUGCAUUUCUUUUUAGUUAUUGAAAAUAAAUGAAAACCUGUGAUUCGUAACGA